UUCUCCACCUAACCCAAACCCAAAACCAACAAGUCUCCUAUUUCUACUUUCUAUCAAACUAAUCUUUCUUUUCACUUUUCUCAUCUUAUCUCAUUAAUGGAGACAAUUACUGAAACAAAAAAGAAGAUCCAGGAACAAAUGAAAGAGAUCAUAUUAGAGAAUAAGAAACCACAAAAUGAUGAGGUUGAGAUUAUUUACAAAUCAAAGUUACCAGAUAUUUACAUCCCAAAUCAUUUACCGUUACAUUCUUAUUGUUUCGAGAACAUAUCGAAAUUCGGCGACCGGCCUUGUCUCAUAAAUGGUUCUACUGGUGAAAUUCAUUCCUAUCUUGAUGUUGAACGUAUUUCCCGAAAAGUUGCGGCGGGUCUUCAUCACAAAGUUGGGAUCAAACAAGGUGAUGUUAUUAUGCUUUUGUUGCAGAAUUGUACUGAAUUCGUUUUCGCUUUCUUGGGGGCUUCUUAUCGUGGUGCAACUACUACUACUGCGAACCCGUUUUAUACUGCAAACGAGAUUGCGAAACAAGCGAAAGCAUCGAAAACGAAACUGAUCAUCACACAAGCCUGUUAUGUUGAUAAACUCAAAGAUUUAAUGGCAAACAGUAAAAACGAAGACGGAGAAGUCGAUAUUGAUGCUAGUAAUAAUGGUAUUCAAGUUAUGUGUAUUGACACGCCACCAGAAGGUUGCUUACAUUUCUCUGAGUUGACUCAGUACGAUGAAACCGAGUUACCAGAAGUCGAAAUCAACUCGGACGAUGUCGUUGCUCUGCCGUAUUCAUCCGGUACCACCGGUUUACCUAAAGGAGUCAUGUUGACACAUAAGAGUCUGAUUACAAGUGUUGCUCAACAAGUUGAUGGCGAAAACCCGAAUUUGUACUUCCACAGUGAAGACGUCAUAGUAUGUGUACUGCCAUUGUUUCACAUAUAUUCACUCAACUCGGUACUUUUAUGCGGGUUGCGAGCCGGUGCAGCGAUUCUCAUCAUGCAGAAAUUUGAGAUUAUUUCAUUAAUGGAAUUGACACAGAAGUAUAAGGUUUCAAUUGCUCCGUUUGUGCCUCCAAUUGUUCUGGCCAUUGCUAAGAGCCCGGUCGUCGAUAAUUACGAUCUUUCCUCGAUACGUACGGUCAUGUCCGGUGCGGCUCCCAUGGGUAAAGAACUUGAGGAUACUGUCAGAGCAAAACUUCCAAAUGCCAAGCUUGGCCAGGGAUAUGGGAUGACUGAAGCUGGACCAGUUCUAUCAAUGUGUUUGGCAUUCGCAAAAGAGCCUUCGGAAGUAAAAUCGGGAUCAUGUGGAACCGUAGUGAGAAAUGCCGAGAUGAAGAUUGUCGAUCCUGAGACCGGUUUAUCUCUUCCCCGCCACCAAAGCGGUGAAAUUUGCAUCAGAGGUGAUCAAAUUAUGAAAGGAUAUCUGAAUGAUCCAGAGGCAACAAAAAUUACAAUAGACAAAGAAGGUUGGUUACACACGGGUGACAUCGGGUACAUUGAUCACGACGAAGAGAUAUUCAUCGUUGAUCGUCUUAAAGAAUUGAUCAAAUACAAAGGAUUCCAGGUUGCUCCUGCUGAACUAGAAGCAAUGCUUAUUGCACACCCCAACAUAAAUGAUGCAGCAGUUGUUUCAAUGAAAGAUGAGGCAGCUGGUGAAGUUCCAGUUGCAUUUGUGAUUAGAUCAAAUGGUUCUCAAAUCACAGAGCAAGAAAUCAAGAAGUACAUUUCUGACCAGGUGGUGUUUUACAAGAGAAUACACAAAGUUUUCUUCCCUGAGACAAUUCCAAAGGCACCAUCUGGCAAGAUCCUUAGAAAAGAUCUGAGAGCAAAAUUAGCAGCUGGUUUAACAAAUUAAGCUCUAAACUUAUAAAACCUGGACUCCUUUUUUCUUUUUUCUUUACUUUGUAUUUUAAAAUAUGGAGGGUAUGUAAUGUAAUUUUAAUCUCCCCUUCAAAAUUUAAUUUGUUUGUUUUGAUGAUUUGUACCCUUUGAAUCUGGAGCUACAAUUAAGCUUUGUUGUUUGCUCUCUUUGGGAAACAAUGGUAAAGAAAAUAUGAACAAUAUAUAUAAUGAUAAUAAUAAUUUUAUUGUGAAUUUUCCAA